GUCAGCAGUGACACGUCAACAGUGACACGUAAGCAGUGCCACGUCAGCAGUGCCACGUCAGCAUGACAGGGGCAGCCCUGGGCAUGCUAGGCCAACUGGCCAACGAGUCUGUGGCCGGCUACAAACGGCGGUUCCAGGCCCAGAUCGCGCUGAUCAAGGCUGAGGAACAACGCCAGCUGGCAGCCGCGGCUGCCCGCCUACAGGCUGAAGAAGCGGCACCAGCAGAGAACCUACGGCUACAGGCCAAAGCAGACGCAGAUGCCCAGGCUCGCCGCAAGGAAGCCCAGGAUCUGCUGCAGCGGCAUGAAGCCACAAGCAUCGACAGACUCAAGUUCUGGCACUUUGAACCAAACGGCGACGAGGCAACAUCGGAAGAGCAGCAUAAGGAGUUCCUCUCCAAACUCGUGACACGGUUGUUGUAUGCUUGCAACUACCAACGGUCCGAGUUGGAGAGACAGAACCAGGAACUGCAACAGCUGUUCCAGGAUCUGAACCAACAACACCAGGAAUUGGCGAACCUCCGCCGGAUGGUGCAGAGCCACGAGGAUGCGACACGGGCACUCAAUGCCCGUGUACUGGAACAGGAACAGGCUGUACCGGGACCAGAUGCUGGUGCCUCCAGCAGUGCACCCUCUAGCCGCCAACUCGAGGAACGCGUUGACCACGUAGUGGCAAUGCUCGGCGACAUCAGCACCUUCGCUGCGCCGACCACCAUCAGCAGUCAGCUGGAUGCAUUGAAGACCGAGCACGCGUGCAUCGGCGCCCUGUUCAUGAACUCAAAGGACAGAUGCCAGAUCUGGUUAACUCACCUGGCAGCCACCCACGGCGUCGACGUCGCAGAUCUGAAGGACAAGAUCACAUGGGAAGAAUGGACACGGCUGUGGAAGAAGCGGUUCAUCGUCGACGACGCACCAGCACUAGCCAUCAACCGUCUAUUCACCAUGUCUCAGGGCAACACAGCAACACGUGACUGGCUCACGGAAUGGCACAAGAUCGCGGUAGUGCCCAGUCUGGACUUCACGCAUCUACGCCGUGAGUUCUACAACAGGUCAUGUGCUGCACUGAGCCAGGCACUUGGUGAUCGCGAGCAAUACACCACUUUCGCUGAGAUCAUCCAUAAGGCAAGGGAGAUCAUCAAGACCAACAGUUCAGCUGCACACGAGAAGUCAACGUGGCAGCCAACCUAUGUGGAGAAGGUGAGAACUGGUCCGCGACAGCGGCAGUUCGCUGCAGUCCAAUCGGACAAUACUGUGGAAGACCCGGCAGCCACCCAAGCGCCACGUGAGGGAGAUCAGGUGGCUGUUGUCCAGCCGCGAAGCAACAACAAACCCCGAGCGAACGGGAAGGCCGAAUCAGCAUCGCCGGCCGGAAAUGGACAGCCAGCACCACCAUGGGUCAAGUUCGGCUUGACCGAGCCCGAGUACAAGUACCGCAGCCGAUCAGGCCAAGGAGGAUGUGCGGCCUCGGCUCAACUAGGGAAACUGAGUUUCGCGGGAGGUGAGGCGACUCCACCCCCCACUCCGCCAGAUUCGGCCGCCUUGCUAGCAGCCUCCUACACAUCUGGAGAGGAUGCGAAUGUCGCAAGUCCUCGGUACACUUACGAGGAUUAUGCUGUCCACUUGGUUCCACCGCUGGACCAACCGCUCCACGUGCAACACUCUACCGCAUGCACGGUUUCAUCACCAUCGGCAACCGAUUCGGCAGCUUCGCCGUCAUCUACUGCCGGGGAUUCAACGUCAUGGUCAAGACUUGAAGAGCUCGACCCGUUGACUUUUGAGGACUUCCAAUGGAUGCCCCUGCCCCGGUCCAGUCGAUUGCCGAAACCGCAUUGCAACGUGCUCAAAGCACAAUUGCGGGAUUACUUGCACACUGCAGUACCGACUCCGUUGAUGAACGCCAGAGUAGAGGCGACCUGCAGCGCUUUGAUCGAUUGCGGAGCAUCUCGCAACUACAUGAGUCACGACUUCAUGGUACGUGCCCGCCUUGGCCCACGAGUCCGAAGGAAGUCCCAGCCCACGCAAGUCACGUUGGCGGACGGUCACACGCACAAGUCAGUCGACCGGUGCAUUGAUGACGUCCCAGUGUACUUUGCCCCUCGCGCAAGUGAGGCGGUGUCUUUUGACAUUCUGGACACCAAAUUCGACAUGAUCUUGGGCAUGUCAUGGCUGCGAAGCGAGGACCACCCAGUGAACUUCUACCGCCGCACCGUUCAUGUUCGUGAUCGGAACGGAGUACUAGUCCCAUGCACGGUAGCUCCUCCUCACCCUUCAGUCAGCUGUCACGUGAUAUCCACCUCAAGCAUGCGAGCUUCCAUCAUCAGAGACGACAUCGAGGAGAUGGGGGUGUGUUUUCUCCACGCCCUCCCGCCCCAUGACGCUUCAUCGACGGACUCAUCUUCGGAUCCACGCAUCACUGAGCUUCUCGACACCUACAGCGACGUGUUCGAAGGCCCGCACGGAGUCGUACCGGAUCGACCCAUCCGCCACGAGAUCAUCCUCAAGGACGGGGUCGUACCUCCACGCGGUUGCAUCUACCGAAUGAGCGAGGAAGAGUUAAGUGUGCUUCGGGCACAACUCGACGACCUUCUGGAGAAAGGUUGGAUUCGGCCUAGCUCAUCGCCAUACGGUGCUCCUGUUCUCUUCGUCCGGAAGAAGAACAAGGAUUUGCGGUCGUGCAUCGAUUAUCGCAAGCUCAACGCGCAGACCAUCCGAAACGCCGGCCCUCUCCCACGCAUCGACGAUCUUCUCGAGCGACUGGGCGGCGCCAAGUUCUUCUCCAAGCUCGAUCUCAAGUCGGGAUAUCACCAACUCGAGAUCCGGCAGGAGGACCGUUACAAGACCGCGUUUAAGACGCGAUAUGGGCAUUUCGAAUGGAUGGUUAUUCCAUUUGGCCUUACGAAUGCCCCGGCCACUUUCCAAGCGGCUAUGACAACGGAGUUCCGACACAUGCUGGAUCGAUACGUACUUAUCUACCUCGACAACAUCCUGGUGUACAGCCGGAGUUUGAAGAAGCAUGUGGAACACCUGCGCACAGUUUUGGAGCGGCUACGACAAGCCAAGUACAAAGCCAACCGCGACAAGUGCGAGUUCGCACAGCAGGAGCUGGAGUACUGGGGACACUAUGUGACGCCGCAAGGCAUCCGUCCGCUUGCGGACAAGAUCAAGGCCCUACGAGUAAGGCCCGAGCCGACCAACACCACGGACGUUCGUUCAUUCAUGGGGUUGGCAGGCUACUAUCAGCGAUUCAUCACCCGAUACUCCAGGAUUGCUGCACCUAUGACGAGGUUACAGUCGCCAAAGGUGCCAUUCGUAUUCGAUGACGAUGCACGCCAGCUUCCGGCUAUGGCAUUGAAACAACACGACAGCGACGACUGGCACCCUGUGGAGUAUUUCAGCCACAAAGUGCCUCCCAUCAACUCGUUUGAUGAUGCAAGGAAGAAGGAGCUGCUCACAUUCGUCAUGGCUCUCAAGCGAUGGCGGCACUUCCUCCUUGGGCGUCGUAGGUUCACAUGGGUUACGGACAACAAUCCAUUGACCUACUACAAGACGCAGGAUACGGUGAGCAGCACGAUCGGACGAUGGAUGUACUUCAUCGACCAAUUCGACUUCACACCGAAACACCUUCCCGGCCUCUCCAAUCGCGCAGCAGAUGCACUCUCGCGAAGACCUGAUCUUUGCGCUAUGACACAUCAUGCCUUCGCAUUCGACGAGGAGCUUCAGCGACAUUUCAUCCGGGCAUAUGAGUCUGAUCCGGACUUCGCCACACUGUAUGCACAACUAUCUUCGGAUCACCCGCCGGCCAGCCACUAUCGCAUUGCCGACGGGUACUUGCUCGUCCACUCGAGAGGCAAGGACUUACUAUGUGUCCCACGCGACCGCCGUCUUCGGACUCGCGUCCUCGGCGAGUAUCAUGAUUCACGACUCGCCAGCCAUUUCGGAGUCAACCGCACUAUUGCACGGCUUCGACAGCGAUUCCGAUGGCCUGAUCUCAUUAUCGAUGUCACUCAGUAUUGCGACUCUUGCGAAGUUUGCCGACGCAGCAAGCCCCGCAACCGCAAUCCCUACGGCGAGUUACGCCCGAUGCCUAUCCCACGKGAASCUGGUCUCUCCAUUGCCAUGGACGUCACCGGUCCGUUUCCCCGCGACCGGCUCGGGCACGACGGCAUCCUCACGGUGGUGGACCGAUUGAGUAAGUAUGCGCGUUUUCUUCCUUGCAAGUACUACUCCACGGCUCCCGAGUUGGCACACCUCCUACACACCGGUUGGAUUUGCGUCCACGGUGUACCGGAAGACAUAGUCAGCGACCGCGACACUCGUUUCAUGUCAGCAUUUUGGACUGCGCUCAUGCAGGAGUCCCGCACGACGAUGAAACCAAGUUCAGCUCGGCAUCCACAGACAGACGGGCAGACGGAGCGGGCACAUCAAACCGCUCGAAUGAUGCUUCGUACGCUCAUCCGUCCGGACCAGAAAGAUUGGGUUGACUGCCUCCCCGACAUCGAGUUCGCCUACAACACUUCGGUGCAUCCGGAGAUCGGCGUGACUCCAUUCGAGUUGCACCACGGUGGACGGAAAGGCCGGAUCUUCGUCGACCUUCUCCUCCCUCGACCAGCCGAGCUCGCACGAACAUGCAAAAGGCUCAAGUCCGCAUGCAGCAGCAAGCCAACAGGCGUCACGUACCAUGUCCCAUCCGCGCCGGUGAUCUGGUUUGGGUCUCCACGGAAGAGUUUGCACUGGAACAGGAUGUUUCACGCAAACUGCUUCCCAAGUGGUUUGGACCUUGGUCUGUGACAGCAGCCGCGGGCGAUGAGCCCGAUGGCCCUUCAUUUGUGAUCAACAUUCCCGAGCGUCUGAGGGUCCAUCCAGUCUUUCACGCCUCGAAGCUGGCAACAUAUACACCAGCUAAGAGCGACGACUUCCCGGACCGACGAUCGCAGGACCCUCCUUCUAUGGAUGUUCAUCAGGAAGUUGACAGCGUCAUCACGGAUCGCAAGUACGGCAGCAAGCCGCGCCAGUACAAAGU